CCAAAGUGUAACACUUUCAUCGCUCCGCUCCGCUCCAUCACUUUAAUCACUUGGCUUCUUCUUGUUCGCUAUGGCGGGGGAAGGAGGAGGGGCUCUCUCGGAGCUGUAUCAGAGAUCGAAGCGGUUGCUGCUGAAAACUAGAGAUGAUUUGGAGAGAGUUGAGCGGCUCGAGUUUUCGUCAUCGGCCGGUGCCAUCGGCUCAUCGGAACUAUCAGUUGCCGUUAGGAGGGAUAUUUCUCAAAUCCAAGCCCUUUGUUCUGAGAUGGAUGGACUCUGGCGAUCCGUUGCAUCAAAGCCCCAACGAGAUCUCUGGAAGAGGAAAGUGGAGCAAGUAGCUGAAGAGGCCGAUUCUUUGAGAGAAAGCUUAGAUAGGUACAUGCAGCGGCAGCAGAGAAGGAUGCAAGAAGCACAAGAGAGAACAGAAUUGCUUGGAAGAGCUAAUGGAGAAUCAUCUCAUGUUUUGAGAAUCUUUGAUGAGGAAGCACAAGCAAUGCAGUCUGCACGAAACUCUUCUCGAAUGUUGGAAGAAGCAUCAGCAACUGGAGCUGCCAUUCUUGCUAAAUACUCUGAACAAAGGGAGCGCUUAAAGGGAGCUCAAAGGAAAGCAUUGGAUGUGCUCAACACACUGGGGUUAUCGAAUUCUGUAUUGAGGAUUAUUGAGAGGCGGAAUCGAGUUGAUCAGUGGAUUAAAUAUGCAGGCAUGAUUCUUACAUUUGUGAUAGUAAUUGCUUUCUUGAGGUGGGUUAGGUGACCUAUUUCUUAUUUCUCUUUGACUUGAAAUAGGGUUUGUUGUAUUUUCUACUUAUCUUGCUUUUAUACUGAAAAGGUUUUUCUGGUUA